UGGGGCACGUGACACGGGCGCGGGGAUUCCGAACGGCGGAGCGGGAGGUACUUAACGGGAAACAUGCCCAAGAUAACGCUGAAUGGCAUCACGGUGGAUUUCCCUUUCCAGCCCUAUGAGUGCCAGGAGGCCUACAUGGCCAAGGUGCUGGAGUGUCUGCAGAAGAAGGUAAAUGGCAUUUUGGAGAGCCCCACAGGCACAGGAAAGACCCUCUGCCUGCUCUGUUCCACGCUGGCUUGGCGGGAGCACUUUAAGGACACCAUCUCAGCCCGCAAGAUUGCCCAGCGAAUGAACGGGGUAGAACUCUUUCCUGAGAGGCCCAUGGCAUCCUGGGGCACUGCUGCCACAGAUGCUGACAUCCCCACUUAUUACACUGACAUUCCUAAAAUAAUCUAUGCCUCCAGAACUCACUCACAGCUUACACAGGUCAUUAAUGAAUUAAAGAACACAGUCUACAGGCCAAAGAUAUGUGUUUUGGGUUCCAGGGAGCAGCUUUGCAUCCAUCCUGAGGUGAAGCGACAGGAGAGCAACCACAUGCAGAUCUACAUGUGCAGAAUGAAGGUGAUGGCUCGUGCCUGUCAUUUCUAUAACAAUGUGGAAGAAAAGAGUACAGAGAAAGAACUGAUUGAAUCAAUCAUGGAUAUUGAAGACUUGGUUAAAAAUGGAAACAAGCACAGAGCUUGUCCUUAUUAUCUCUCACGAAGCCUGAAGCAGCAAGCUGAUAUUAUUUUCAUGCCUUACAACUAUUUACUGGACUCAAAGAGCCGGAGAGCACACAACUUGGACCUGAAGGGGACUGUGGUGAUCCUUGAUGAAGCUCACAAUGUUGAGAAGUUGUGUGAGGAGUCAUCAUCUUUUGACUUGACACCCUACGACUUGGCCUCAGCGAUGGAUGCCAUCAAUGUGGUGCUGGAAGAGCAAGCCAAAGUCGUGCAGCAGAAUGAAAUAAAUGCUGAAUUCAACAUGGAGCUGGCCAGUUCAGGACUCAACAUGGAACUUGAAGACAUAGCAAAGAUAAAGAAAAUUCUUCUUCAGCUAGAAAGUGCUAUUGAUGCAGUGGAGCUGCCACCAAAUGGCAGUGGAGUCACCAAAGAGGGAAGCUACAUCUUUGAUCUGUUUGCAGAGGCUCAAAUAACUUUCCAGACCAAAACAUUACUCUUGGAGUCACUAGAGCAGAUUUUACAGUACCUUUCAGGCCGUACUGGGGUAUUUGUCAAUACAUCUGGAUUGCAUAAGCUCUCAGAUAUUAUCCAGACAGUUUUCAAUGUUGACCCUCCAGAAGGCACCAUGAGUUUCAUCCCACAUCGCUCUAUAUCCAAGUAUUACAAGGUACAUAUUCAUCUGGAUAACAGUAAUCAGAAGAAGAAACAAAGGACAGAUCUCUGGAAUUCAGCAUCUACAAAGAAACAAGGGAAGACCUUAAGCUAUUGGUGUUUCAGCCCUGGAUACAGCAUGCAUGAGCUUGUUCGACAGGGAGUGAGGACAAUUAUCCUUACUAGUGGGACUCUUUCCCCUCUCUCAUCAUUUACAAUGGAAAUGCAGAUCCCUUUUCCUGUUUGCUUGGAGAAUCCUCAUGUUAUCAGUAAACACCAGCUCUGGGUUGGGAUCAUUCCCAAGGGACCUGAUGGAGCUGUGCUUACUUCUACCUACGAGAGGAGGUUUUCAGAGGACUAUUUAUCUUCUCUGGGGAAAACAAUUGGUAACCUUGUGCGAGUUGUACCCCACGGGCUGCUGGUGUUCUUCCCUUCGUACCCUGUCAUGGAUAAGAGCCUGGAAUAUUGGAGAGAGCAUGAUUUUGCUAAGAGAAUAGAAGAAGUCAAACCAAUGUUUGUGGAACCCAGGAACAAAGGAAGCUUUGCAGAGGUAAUGGGUGCAUAUUAUGAUAAAGUGGUCUGCUCUAAGUCCAAUGGAGCUGCUUUUCUGGCAGUAUGUCGGGGAAAGGCCAGUGAAGGCUUGGACUUUGCAGACAUAAAUGGACGAGGAGUCAUCAUUACUGGGCUGCCCUUUCCUCCUCGUAUGGAGCCCAGAGUCAUUUUAAAGAUGCAAUUCCUGGAUGAAAUGAGAAGAAGUGCUGCAGGUGCACAGUAUCUGUCUGGGCGUGAGUGGUACAGUCAGCAAGCUUCCCGCGCCGUCAAUCAGGCCAUCGGCAGGGUCAUCAGACAUCGCCAGGACUAUGGAGCCAUCUUCCUGUGUGACCACAGGUUCACAACUGGUGAUGUGAGGAGCAAACUGCCUUCAUGGGUCCGCCCCUACGUCAACGUUUAUGACAACUUCGGGCACGCCGUCAGGAGCGUCUCCCUCUUCUUCCGUGUUGCUCAAGAAAUCAUGCCCCCACCACUGCCACAAUGUCCUGCUGGCUCUGCUGGCUCCCUAAGUGAAGGUUGUACAGCACCAUCUACUUCAUCUGAGCACAUCCAUGCCCUAAAAAAAGCCAAAAACUUGGAUGACCAUGUUCCCAGUUUGAAGAGGAAAAGAGAAGUAAACGGAGCUGGAGCGUCCAGCCUGUGCAUGGAAUAUGAACAAGAGCUCAUCUCACCUCAGAGACAAUGUCUUGGGCUCUUGGAUGCCUUGGAGCGCAAUGAGAAGAGCAGCGGGGACGCAGAGGAGGAAGAUGACUUGGGAGGAGAGGAGAAGGCACACCGUCUGUCAACACUUUCCCUUCAGUAUGAGAAGAGGUUAACAGACGAGCAGAAAGGAGGAAGAAAGAAAAUCAAGCUAGUCAGCAAUACACAAGCUGGUAAGAAAGCAAACCUGCCAGAGCCCAAGAAAGCCCGAGCUACCCUGUACAUUGCAACAGUGAAGGAGACCCUAAGCCAGCAGAACUAUGAUCUGUUCUCUAAGGCUCUUCAGCACUACAAGAAGACAGAUGACUUCCAUGCUAUGUUAUCUCAAAUGAGCUCUCUCUUUAUAGAGGAUGAAAAAAAGCAUUUCUUGUUACGAGAUUUUUACCAGUUUGUUCGACCUCAACAUAAAAAACAGUUUGAUGAAGCCUGUUGCAAUCUGACUGGAAUGGGUUGUGGCUACAAACCUGAGCACAGCCUCCUGCGAGAAGAGAGAGAGACACUAGCCAAGAAAUUGGAAGAAAAACAGAGUCAGCAGAAAACAGCAUUCUCAGAGGACUCGUGUGCUCAACUGGACACUGGGCUCCACCUCAACCAGGGAGGAUUCCAUUUGACAACAGGACUGACUAGUGCAGGGCAGAAUGCCAGUCGAGCUCCAAGGAGAGACACGGAAAAAGCUUCAUGUUCCAGGAGAGAUCAGCACCAGGUCCUCAGGGCUGCCUACCUCAGCGACGUGAAACGGGCUUUGACCCAAAGCACCUACAGCCGCUUCUAUGAAGCAUUGGUGGCUUACAAGAGGACAGAUGACUAUGAUGCUAUGAUCUCUGUGAUAGCAGCCCUCACCACUGAGAGGCCAGAAGACUUUAAUCUCCUACAAAGGUUUUACAUGUUUGUGCGCCCCCAUCACAAAGAGAGGUUCAAGCAGAUGUGCAAGGAUUUGACUGGAAUGGUGUGUGGUGAGGGAGAGAAGCAACUGCAGCAGCAGGUGCAAGGUGAAGGGAGCCCUCUGAGUUUGGAGAGCUCGUGCCCUAAAGGAGAAAGCAGCCACCUGAAAGGACCAGAUGCAGCCACUUCCAAGGGUGAGGCUCCAGAGAAAAUUCAGAGGAAGAUUUCCUCCUUCUGCUUUAACCAGAAGAGCAAACUUGAAUUGCCAAAGAUCAAUGUAUCGGAAGAAACUGUUAAUGUGAGAGAGCCCACAGGCCCUGGCCCUGUGCCUGUCUUUCCUUCAGAGAUGGAGCCAGAGUGUGGUAGAUUCCAGUGCUCUAACUGCCAAUCUGAGGAUGAUGUGCCUUUUAAAUGCCCAUUAUGUGACUUCACUUGCUGCAAAACAUGCUGGGAGCAGUUCUUAAAGAUGGUGAAGAAAUGCCCAGGGUGCCACAGUGAUGUGAAGAAGCAACGACUGAUCCAGGUUUUCUUCUGGUCAUAAUCUCGUGGCAGAAAGGGCAAACACCUGGUAUCAGCAGAAGGAAAUCGCUGCAGUCUGGCUCUAGAGCUGAUGGGAAGCAGGAGGAAGGUUCAUUUCAAUAUCUCUGGUGCUUGGCUCUGGAUUUCAUGCUGUGCACCAACAUGUAUCAUUUCUUCCUACCAAGGUGGCAAACCUGAGAGGUUUCUCUCUCCAGCCACUGGCAGGAGAUAGAGGAAUAUUGCCCCACUGGAACUGAGAAGGUUGACUUCUUACAUACUCUGGCCUGUAAACUCUACUGUGGCUACUCUUAGGCUGAAAGUUUCUAUCCUGAGGGCAGGUGUCAUCCACUGGCCCAAUCAGGUGCUAUCAGACCCUGGAAAAACCCCAGCAGCAGUGCCACAGUGGAACUGAGCUGUGUGAGCAGGGACACCAGGCUCCCCUCCUUCCCACAGCAGCGUUCCUGGGAGAGGUGAUUCACCUUCACUGCUUGGGCUUGGGCAGCAGCUGCUGGCUCCAACUGCAGAAGAUACUGAAAGGAUGGUUUUUUUGUUUUUGAAGUGAAACAGCAGUGGUUGGAUAGUGAGCAGAAACAGCCCUUGCAUCUGCUCUGCACCCCAAAGCCCCAUUCCUUCUGUCACCCUGGGAUCUCCUGAGGAGGCGGCUUUGGUUUCUGCUCAGUGCUGAUACUUCCACUGUGCCUGUGUUGGCUGAUUUUAACUUUCCAAGAAGAAAAGGGAAAUGAUUGAACUAAAACUUUCAAGUAAAUCAAGUUGGAUGAGUUAAAACAGACAAUGACAAUGCUGCCACUCUCUGUGAGUAGUGGAUGCAAGUGAUGCUGAGGAAUGGUGUCCUCUUUACAUCUG